AUGUUCUGCACACCCGUUCGCCACAUGGCGGCAGCAGCGCGGCAGUCGCUCAAGUUCGGACUCAUUCCUGCGGACGGCAUCGGCAAGGAGGUCAUUCCUGCAGCCCAGAGGGUGCUCGAGGCGAUUGGCUCCGACAUCCCGAAGCCCGAGUUCGUCCCUCUGCUAGCUGGCUGGGAGGUGUUCACGCGCACGGGUGUAGCCCUGCCUGAUGAGACCGUUGAAGUGCUGCGGGAGUGCGAUGGGGCUCUGUUUGGUGCCGUCAGCUCGCCUUCGAGGAUAGUAACCGGCUACUCGUCGCCCAUUGUCGCGCUGCGCAAGAAACUCGACCUGUACGCCAACGUUCGCCCAGUCGCAUCGGUGGCCGCCAGCCCGGAGGUGAAGCCCAAUGUUGACUUGGUUGUGGUACGGGAGAACACCGAGUGCUUGUAUGUCAAGCAAGAAACUACCACUACCACCGAGGACGGCGGCAUCGAAGCGCGCGCGACACGACUCAUCACACAGCGUGCAUCUCGCAGGAUUGGCAAGAUGGCCUUCGACAUCGCGCUAGGCAGACCGCGCAAGCAAGUCACCAUCAUCCACAAGUCGAAUGUCCUUUCGGUCACGGACGGUCUGUUCAGAGAAAUGGUCCGUGGGGUCCCGUCUCUUCCUGAGGUGAACGGUCGUUUCGACGGAGUCAAGAUUGAGGAGCAGCUUGUGGACAGUGCCGUGUAUCGCCUGUUCCGUGAACCUCAAAUCUAUGACGUCAUGGUCGCCCCCAACCUCUACGGAGACAUCAUCUCUGACGCUGCUGCUGCUUUGGUCGGCUCGCUGGGACUGGUUCCGUCGGUCAACGCGGGUGACAACUUUGUGAUGGGCGAGCCGGUGCAUGGUUCUGCUCCUGACAUUGAGGGCAAGGGCAUUGCGAACCCUCUAGCGUCAAUCCGCUCCGCAGCACUCAUGCUUCGCUUCUUGGGCUACCCGGUGGGUGCAGACAGUAUCGACCGAGCAGUCGACCAGGUCAUCCGGGAGGGUGAAUUCUUGACACCCGAUCUGGGUGGGAAGAGCGGCACUGAGGACGUCCUCAAUGCCGUACUCAAGAAGCUUUAA